AUUUCCUCAUGACUCUUAUUCUAGUACCAGGAACACCUCUGGUAUCCUAUACUUUUCCAGCGCCUAGCGUUGUUUCAGUUCUGUUGUUGGAUUGGACGGUAUUGUAACGGGCUGGGUUUUUACGCUGAGGUAGCAGGGACUCUUCUACAGGGCACCGACUCAUCGCAGCACCGAAUCAUCAAAUCAAUAAGUUUAUUAUUUGAAUAGAAAGCCAGGAAGGAUGCUGAACCUAGUGGCAAAACAACUCAGAAAUCAUCCAGCUCUGAUCCCUCUGUUUGUGUUUAUCGGUGGCGGAGCGACCUUGUGUGUUCUGAGUCUCGGCAGGGCAGCUCUCAAGAACCCAGACUGCUCGUGGGAUCGCACAAACAACCCAGAACCGUGGAACAAACUAGGACCUAACGACCAGUACAAGCUUUUCGCCAUUAACACAGACUACUCGAAACUAAAGAAGGACAGGCCAGACUUCUAAGAUGGCCCUUACAGACCAAAACAUGCCCUUAGUAACAGAAUCCAGAUUCUUAUUCUUGGUCUGAACAUGUUGCAUACCUCAUAAAAUAAACAAAUUAUCAUCUAUAGCUCUCUACCUACUCUCAGUUAGCCAGACAGAGAGCAAAUGUACAUGCACAUGAGAACCUCUGUUUUAAAGUGUGUGUAUUUAUGCGUGGAACUUCACGAUUGCACUGAUGGUGUAAUGUAAUUUAUUUGAUAAAUAUUGAAUUCAUCUGAUAAUAAAUAUUAAAUAUUGACAUUUAAUUUGUUAGUUCA